CUUCCUUUCCCACCAUUGUCGCGGAUCUUGCAGCGUUCAGCGAUCUCUCACCACACAAUGCUCUUCCAUGCGUUACUAAGCGCCGCCCUCGCCGGUUAUGUCGUUGCGCACGGCUCUCACGGCGGCUCACAAGGAUCAGGAGGCGCACCGCAUCACGACUCCCCUAGCCACUAUCCCAACUGGAUGACGCAGCACAUGUCUGAGGAACACCACAUGGACGGUUGGGACAUUGAGUCCUUCUUCGGCCUCCACGACUACGACAGCGACGGCUACUGGCGCGCGCAAGAGAUGCAGCGAACAUACGGUCUCAUGGACCCGUCGAACAAGCACAUGACGUACGAGCAGAAAGAACACGUUCUCAAACAACUACUGGAGCUCAUGGACACCGAUGGCGACAACGCAGUCAGCCGCGAGGAGUGGAAGAGCUUCAUCGCAAAAGGCGAGACGCUACCCGAUUUGGGCACUGGCCCCGGCCACCACGGCGACGACGAGUAUGAAUACGAAAUCCACCAUUGGGAAAAGUACCACGACGAUAACACUAAACUCGAAGACCUGACGCACCCGGAAGAUAUUGAGCACUUCAAGAUGCACGAGGAGAUGGAGGAGGCCGAGCGCAAGCUGGAGGAAAUGGACAAGAAGGCCAUUAUUGAGGAAAAUAUUCCGGCCUUUUUCCGCAGGCAUUAAAGACGGCGCUGGAAUAAACUAAGACGAUAAUACCACAAAAACUUGUACUACAACCUGGGGACUGGGGACGAUGAAACGGCGUUGAUGCGGGGCACGUUUGUUUAUAAUCUAUCGACACGACAUGAUGAUGAUGGGGAUGAUGAGAAAAGAGAUAAAGAUGGAUGAAUACACACGGUAUAUAUAACAUUGGAAGGUGACUGAUAUAGGGUCCAUCGCGGCCCUAUGUUCUGCGAAUAUAAAUAUCAAAUACACAGUGCCAGACACCUGGCGCAAACGUCUUAACCUUUUCUACAUGACUUGACCUGCAUUCUGCGACUGUUCCCUGUGUCCAUGUCUUGAAUCUAGCUUCCAUCUCCUCAGCUUGGCCUUCGAUGUCGUCGGUGGCUACAUUCUCAUGCAAAUGUAGCCAAGUCUCAGGACUCUUGGAUGUUAUCGCCGCAGCGGCUUGCCAUAUUAGCUCGCUGGUGGGUAGAAGACCGCCAUUAAGGUGUCUAAUGUUAUGCGCCGUUUCCAUGUCAUGUAGCUCGGCGAUUUUCGACUGCGCAUUCUGAUUGUCGUCUUGGAAGAUGACGAUCUGUUCGCCAGUAGCCAUAAUCUCCGUCAUUGGCAGCGUCAGGUCUUGGCCACGAACAACCUUGACAGUCCAUUUGUUCAUAAGGGCGCCUCUUCGUAGACCUUCCACACUCCAUGGAUUCAAUUCCCACCCUAGAAUCCGCAUCCCCAUGGUUGCGUAGGAAAAGACAAAGUAGCCAAUACCCGCGUACAUAUCAACAGCCCACGGUGCGUCUUCCUGUGCUGCUGGCCGAGGAAAUGUAAGUAGACGUGCUUUCUCCUUCACGUUACCGCGGCUAAACAUGGUCCAUCUUGGAGCCCAUGUUUGGUGGAUGCCGUUCUGUUUGGUCGUCACCCACAGCGCUACGUUAAACUCGGCAUCUGUUGGCUGUUCGCUCUCUGUUUGAGAAGGACCAAAGUCGCCGUGAAUCAUCUGUAAGCCUGUUGGACUGCGGAGGAUAUUUUCUUCCGUUUCUCCCCCUUUCAGAAGAGGAAUUCCUUCAUUGAUAGCAAGAUGUGUGACUGGCGAUUUGGCAACAUUGGACAGCUCUUGCGCAAUGGUUAUCCACAACGGAGAUAAGUCGCUCUCUGAGCAUUGAGAAAUUGUUCUUGCCCAGAUUGGUGAAGUAAAGCUUCCAGAAGGGAAAAUAGCCAUAGGUUCAUAAAUCGUAAACCGUUUCGGUGCCGUUGCCAGUAGGCCUGCGGCAACGCCAUCGUCUAUGCACGUUGCUUGCGCUGCCCAUUUGGACACGGCGCUUUGCAUAGGGUUGUAUGGUGGCGGUUUGGGCAUUUUGAAUAAUCCCUUAGGCCGGCUGAUUUAAUGACAUGCUAACUGCACGGAUAGAGAUGAAUUAUCGCAUGGUGGCUGUGAACUGGGCUGUUGCAAUUGCUGGU